CGUAUUUCUGUCAGACAGUAACAACUGAUAAGAUUACAGGCUAAUAAUGUUGUUUUAUAUGCACAUUUUACGGUUUGUGAGGAUGUUAAUAAAAUCGUCAUUAUGAGCUGUAGAAAAAAUAAUAUGUAUUUUACUUACUUUUUAGACUUAAUACUAAAAUUAUUUUCGAUUUAACUUAUUUCUAACACACACUACUUGACUGGAAACUAUUAUCGCGUUAAAUUAUUAAUUUAUUUAUUGUGUGGUCAGGUGCUUUUCCCCUGAAGAGUUGCGCUAAAGCUCGUGUCAUGUUACUUUAUCAGUUAUAGAAGAAACCAGCUUAUGGGUAAAUAUAUUUUUGUGCAGGCUAAUUUCAUUCUGCUUUCAACCUUCAGAGCAACGCAAAAGUCUGUAAGUAAAAGUAUUUAACCCAUCCCUGUUAAUUGGAUCCUUUUAAAUUCCGCUAAGCUGCUCUUAAGUCUUUUCUGUUGCACGGGAAGAGAUAAACACCACCGCUAUGUUAAAUGAUACAGAAUAUAAAAAUGAUUCAGCGAUUUCUGAUGAGAAGAAAGAGAUUGAAGAGUCUGCGCUUAAAGGCACAGUAAAGAUAAAGAAGACUGUCAUAACAGAAGAGUAUAAGCUCACUGGACAACUGCUCGGGUUGGGCAUCAACGGCAAGGUCUGGGCGAUUUUACAGAAGAGAAGUGGCGAGAAAUAUGCCUUAAAGAUGCUGCAUGAGACGUCUAAAGCCAGACGAGAAGUAGAGCUUCACUGCAGAGCAUCAGCCUGUCCACGUAUUGUACAAAUUGCAGAUGUCUUUGACAACUUUUACCAAGGGAAAAAGUGUUUACUUCUCAUCAUGGAAUGUUUGGAGGGAGGAGAACUCUUUCGUCGAAUACAGGAACAUGGUGAUGAAGGUUUUACUGAAAGAGAAGCCUCUGAAAUCAUGAGAAAUAUUGGAGAAGCUGUUGAGUUUCUGCAUGGUAUUAACAUUGCACACAGAGACCUCAAGCCAGAGAAUUUGCUGUAUACAUCAAAGACGCCAGAUGCCCAGCUCAAGCUUACAGACUUUGGAUUUGCUAAAGAAACCACAACUAACAAAUGCUUGACCACCCCAUGCUACACACCUUACUAUGUGGCCCCAGAGGUGCUUGGUCCAGAGAAAUAUGAUAAGUCAUGUGAUAUGUGGUCAUUAGGAGUCAUCAUGUAUCUGCUAUUGUGUGGAUAUCCGCCUUUCUACUCAAACCACGGCUUGCCGAUCUCCCCAGGAAUGAGGAAUCGGAUUCGGAACGGCCAGUACAAAUUUUCUGGGCCUGAAUGGUCAGCCGUGUCUGAGGAAGCAAAGCAGCUUAUUCGCCAGUUAUUGAAAACUGAUCCAACAGAGAGAAUGACCAUCAGAGAGUUUAUGAAUCAUUCUUGGAUCAAUAAUUCAAUGAAUGUCCCACAGACACCUCUACACACAAGCCAAGUACUUAAAGAAGAGAGUCAUGUCUGGGACCAGAUCAAGGAGGAGAUGACUAAUGCAUUGGCAACCAUAAGGGUGGACUAUGAACAAAUUAAGAUCAAAGCGAUCAAAGACUCAUCCAAUCCUCUUCUGUUAAAGAGAAGAAAGAGAAUGACAACGGCAACAAACAAAGCAGAAGAACAGUGACAAACAUAUACAUGACUGACCAUUAAAUGCCAUUUUAAACAAUCUUAAAAAAAUCUUAAAGGUGCAGUGUGUACAUUUUUAGCGCCAUCUAGUGGUGAGGUUGCGAAUUGCAACCAACGGCUUAGUCCACUGCUCACCCCUCGCUUUUGAAACACAUAGAGAAGCUACAGUAGCCAUCACCAGACAAACAUGUCAUCGUCAGAGACAACUUAGUAAAAAAAAUUGUCCGUUAAGGGCUUCUGUAGAAAAAUGGCGGCACAAAAUGGCGACUUCCAUGUAAGGGGACCCUCUGUGUAUGUAGAUAAAAAGGUCUCAUUCUAAGGUUAUAAACACAUAACGGUUCAUUAUAAAAGGUCUUUAUACACCCCUUAUCAUAUAGUUUUAUAUAUUAUUUUGCAUUUCUGUCAAGAGAUCCUUCUAAAAAUUACACACUGCACCUUUAAAGAUCACCUUUUUUGUUUAAUAUAUGAAAACGUUUAGCCUUUUCAUGUAUGUUAUUGUUUGCUGUUUAUCCUCCAAGGUCUGCACCAAAGUUGGUUAUACAGCACCCUGUCGAAAUCUUCUGUAAAGAGUGAAGAGAUGUUACCUCAGGAAACAUUUAAGUCUUUCAUUACUUUUAAAUGCAUAUUUAGUCUAAUCUAGGUAAUGAAUUGAAUAAACUGUGCACUUAAUGACUGGCCAUGAUUUUAAUUGAUAAUAUUUAUUUGUUGGGAUGUUGCAGGAAUUACAUUUUUUUACAGGGCCAAUAUUAUGCCCAUUUUACAAGAUGUAACUUAAGGUGUGCUUAUAAUGUGUCUGUGAAGUUUCCGCUCAAAAUACCCCACAGAUCACUUGUUACAUCAUGUAUAUAAAGGCCCUAUUUGGGCAGGAGUAAAAAAGCGCUGUUUUAUGUCUGUACCUUUAAA